AGUUAACCAAGAUGACAUAAAUGGUGUUGUGGCGAUGGUUUUGAACACUUUGUACUUCAAAGGAACAUGGCGGCACCAGUUCUCAGUCAACGACACUAAAUUAGACAGUUUCUACGUAACUCCCGACAACAAGAAGCCCACUCUCUUUAUGCACGUUAGACGUAAAUUUUUUUACGCUGAAUCAGUUAAAUUUAGCGCGAAAAUACUCAGGAUGUCGUAUAUUGGUUGCAAGUUCGCCAUGUAUGUGAUAGUACCAAACUCGUUGACUGGUUUGCCACAAAUAUUCAACAAUAUAAUUGAUUUACGAAGUGAGCUGGGAAAUCUGACUGAACGCUUGGUAGACGUCAUAUUGCCAAAGUUCCAUUUUGAAUAUACAUCUGUUUUGGACGAAGUUUUGAGAGAGCUUGGAAUAAGGCAAGCUUUCGAGGACACAGCGUCUUUUCCCGGAAUAUCCCGAGGCCAAACCCUUAAAAACCGUUUGAAGAUAUCCAAAGUACUGCAGAGAUCUGGUAUCGAGGUGAAUGAACUUGGAAGUAUUGCAUAUUCCGCAACAGAUAUAUCUCUUGACAACAAAUUCGGUGAAGAUGAUGAUAUGAUGGCGCAAGUGAUCGCCAACAAACCCUUCAUGUUCUUCAUCCAAGAUGAAGAGACUCGACAGCUGCUGUUCACCGGAAGAGUGGUAGAUCCCACCUUGGGUCAAGGUGAAUUAAGCGUAAAGUAAAUAUAUGUCAUUGAUUACA